CCCUACCCUUCCCUUGGGUAGCAGCAAUUCAAUCUGCCCGAGGGCAGCACAGCAGAGCACACACAGCAGCACCGUUAUCAAUUAUCCCCUUCCUCCUCCGCCUGCUCCUCCCACCACAAAUCACCCCCUCGCCCUCGCUGCCAUUGAGAUGCUUCCCUCGCCUCGUCCUCAUCCUCCCCUCUGACCCUACCCUGCAAAUGGCCUUCGUCCCCUCCCUCGCCGUCUCCGGCGGGGCUGUCGCUGUCGCCGCCUCUGCUUCCUUCCCGGCUGCCGACCCCCGGAGGCCACCGCCGAGCUCCGUUGCCAUCGCCGACAAGAACAAUUCAUAUAGCGGGAGCAUUCGAUCAGCUGAAAAUGGCAGCUGGGAAGCGCCUCUGCGGCCUCUCGAUUUCGAGGAAGCAUUGGGCAUUCUCAAGGAGGGAAAGACGGUGCAGUCGGCGAUGUACGUGCCGCUGCUGCACCGGUGCGUUGAGACCGGCAGCCUCGCCGCUACCAGGGCCGUCCACGGGCACAUGGUGAAGACGGGGACCAGAGCGGACAUGUUCGUCGCCACGUCCCUGGUGAACGUCUACAUGAGGUGCGGGGCGAGCCAUAACGCGCGCAGGCUGUUCAACGAAAUGCCCGAGAAGAACGUGGUGACGUGGACGGCGCUCAUAACAGGGUACACUCUGAACUCGCAGCCGGUGGCGGCACUGGAGGUGUUCGUCGAGAUGCUGGAGGCAUGGAGGUACCCAUCACAUUUCACGCUGGGCGCCAUGCUGAACGCGUGCUCUGCGUCGUACAAUGUUGAUCUGGGCAAGCAGGUUCAUGGAUACACAAUUAAGUAUGGCGCUGAGUCGAUCACGAGCAUGGGGAACUCGCUCUGUAGAUUGUAUGUGAAGUCCGGAAGCUUGGAAUCUGCCAUAAGGGCCUUUCGGAGGAUCCCCGACAAGAAUGUGAUCACGUGGACAACAAUGAUAUCUGCCUGUGCUGAAGAUGAGAAUUAUGUGGAGCUUGGACUGACUUUGUUCCUUGAUAUGCUUAUGGAUGGAGUGGCGCCUAAUGAGUUUACCUUGACGAGCGUUAUGAGCUUGUGUGGUACAAGGCUAGAUCUGAACCUGGGCAAGCAAAUCCAGGCCUUCUGCUUCAAAAUUGGUUGUGACAUGAAUCUUCCAGUAAAGAACUCGACAAUGUACCUCUAUUUGAGAAAGGGUGAAAGCCGGGAGGCGAUGCAGUUGUUUGGAGAGAUGGAGGAUGUCAGUAUUAUCACGUGGAACGCAAUGAUCUCGGGUUAUGCUCAGAUCAUGGAUACAGCUAAGGAUGAUCUCCAUGCUCAUUCAAGAGGGUUCCAGGCACUCAACAUUUUCCGCAACCUCAAGCUGUCUGCAAUGAAGCCAGAUUUGUUCACCUUCUCAAGCAUCCUAUCUGUCUGCAGUGCCAUGAUGGCCUUGGAGCAGGGUGAGCAAAUCCAUGCACAGACGAUAAAGACUGGUUUCUUGUCAGAUGUCGUGGUGAACAGCGCACUGGUGAACAUGUAUAACAAGUGUGGAUGCAUUGAAGAUGCAACUAAAGCCUUUGUCGAGAUGCCAACAAGAUCUCUUGUCACAUGGACUUCCAUGAUCUCAGGCUACUCUCAGCAUGGCCGCCCCCAAGAAGCGAUACAACUCUUUGAGGACAUGAGAUUUGCUGGUGUCAGGCCAAAUGAAAUCACAUUUGUAAGUGUGCUUUCAGCCUGCAGCUAUGCUGGUUUAGUCGAGGAGGCUGAGUGCUACUUUGACAUGAUGAAGAAUGAGUAUAAAAUAGAACCUGUUGUGGACCAUUACGGGUGCAUGAUUGACAUGUUCGUGCGCUUGGGUCGAUUGGAGGAUGCAUUUUCCUUAAUCAAAAGGUCAGGUUUUGAACCGAAUGAGGCUAUCUGGUCCAGUUUAGUUGCUGGAUGCCGCAGUCAUGGAAACAUGGAGCUUGCCUUCUAUGCUGCUGAUAAGCUGCUGGAUCUCAAGCCAAAAGGGGUUGAAACCUAUGUCUUACUGUUGAACAUGUACAUUUCUACAGGGAGAUGGCAUGAUGUGGCAAGAGUGCGGAAGCUGAUGAAACAGGAGGAUCUUGGGAUUCUUAGGGAUCGCAGCUGGAUUACUAUCAAAGACAAGGUGCAUUUCUUCAGAGCUAAUGAAAAGACUCACCAUCGGAGUGAUGAGCUUUAUCAACUGCUAGAGAAUUUGUUGGAGAAAGCUAAAACCAUUGGCUAUGAACCUUACCAGAAUCUAGAGUUAGCUGAUAGCGAGGGUAAGCCUGCUGCAGGUUCACUAAAGCACCACAGUGAGAGGUUAGCUGUUGCGCUAGGGCUGCUCCAAACACCUCCAGGCGCAACAGUCCGCGUUACAAAGAACAUUACCAUGUGCAGGGACUGCCACAGCUCCAUUAAAUUCUUUUCAUUACUUGCAAACAAAGAGAUUGUUGUCCGGGACAGCAAACGGCUUCACAAGUUCAAGGAUGGGCGGUGCUCUUGUGGGGAUUUUAGUUCACUAUUGUGAGUACAACAAUCUGGAAUAUUUACCAAUACUCUACUCCCCAAGUCUCAACAAUUUUUUACUGGAAAUAGGUUACAUCUUGCAUGGAAUUUUGUUUGAUGCAAGGUUCUCUGAGCUUAUCAUAUUCUGCUGUGAGUUUUGUAGAUUUUUGUCUGAAAGUAAGUUUUGUUCAGUCAGCAUCUGUAACAUAUGACCGGAAACUUGAUCAGAUUUGUCGAAUAUGCACACAUGGUUAGCGA